CGUUCGCUACAAAGAAUCAGCUCUGAGCCGCUCGUUCGCGAACGACCCAUCACUAAUGUCAAGGAGAGGAGGGCUAGUCUGUAUGGUUACUGUAGGGACAGGGUAAAGCUUUCAUCAUCCAUUAUUCGGCAGAUGAACUCUGAUCAAGGUCUUCGUGAUGACCCUAUGGGCGACUGACCCUCAGUUGAUCAUCUAGGAGCCACAUCGCUCUGUGUGCUCCACACAUCACAGCUCCAUCAUGGGAGACAUAGUCCAGAUGCACUUCGGCACGGUGGAUUACGUGAUUUUCGUCGUGCUGCUGGUGGCCUCCGCAGGAAUCGGGCUUUACUAUGCGUUCUCGGGGGGUCGGCAGAGGACCACGCAGGAGUUUUUGCUUGCUGACCGUAACAUGCGCUGUUUGCCGGUGUCCCUGUCACUGCUGGCCACCUUUCAGUCAGCCGUGGCGAUCCUGGGAGCCCCGUCUGAGAUUUACACGCAUGGCACGCAGUACUGGUUUCUGGGAUGCUCGUACUUUCUAGGCCUGCUAAUCCCAGCACAUAUCUUUAUACCAGUUUUCUAUCGACUACGUGUCAGCAGUGCUUAUGAGUAUCUGGAGCUUCGUUUCAGUAAAAGUGUUCGGAUAUGUGGCACGAUGACGUUCAUUUUUCAAAUGGUGAUCUACAUGGGAGUGGUUCUGUAUGCUCCAGCACUUGCACUCAAUGCUGUAACUGGUUUUGACCUUUGGGGGGCAGUGCUGGCAAUGGGAUUGGUGUGCACGCUUUAUACAACUCUGGGUGGUUUGAAAGCUGUUAUCUGGACAGAUGUGUUCCAGACAAUCGUGAUGUUUGCGGGGCAGUUGGCUGUGAUCAUAGUGGGUACUCACCAGGCAGGUGGCAUCUCUGAAGUUUGGAGAAAAGCACAAAAUGGCAGUCGUAUCUCAGGGCUAAACCUGAAUCCUGACCCUUUAGAGAGGCACACGUUUUGGACUCUGGGUGUAGGGGGCGUUUUCCUCAUGCUGGCUCUGUAUGGAGUAAAUCAAGCUCAGGUCCAAAGAUACCUCAGCUCCCGCACAGAGAAAGAAGCAAUCAUGUCAUGCUAUGCGGUGUUUCCAUGCCAACAGAUCGUGCUCACGUUGGGAUGUUUAAUGGGUCUGGUCAUGUACGCUCGCUAUGGGGAGGAGAGCCCACUAGAUCAAGGCUAUGUCAAAACUAAUGACCAGAUGGUGCUGUACUUUGUGAUGGAUGUAUUAAGAGAUCUUCCUGGUUUGCCAGGACUGUUUGUCGCCUGCCUCUUCAGUGGUGCUUUAAGUACAAUCUCGUCUGCCUUCAACUCCUUGGCAACGGUUACCAUGGAGGACCUGAUAAAACCUCACGUCCCACCCAUGACUGAGGCCCGUGCCACCAUGCUAUCAAAACUCUUGGCUCUUGGCUAUGGAUUUGUGUGUUUGGCUAUGGCGUACCUUGCUUCUUUAAUGGGCUCUGUGCUGCAGGCAGCACUGAGUAUAUUUGGAAUGGUGGGAGGGCCUCUUUUGGGUCUUUUUUGUCUCGGGAUGUUUUUCCCAUGUGCAAAUUCCACCGGUGCUCUGGUUGGGCUGGCAGCCGGGCUGGUCAUGGCCUUCUGGAUUGGUAUCGGAAGUUUCAUUUCACGAAUGCCUAUAUCUGUAGCACCUGUGAUAAAUGCCACCGCCUUUCCUGACAUGGGAAACAUGACGACCGCUAUCAUGACCACACUCAUCACAACUAAACCUAGGCCAACUGGUGUUCAGGCUCUGUAUUCUUUAUCAUACAUGUGGUACAGCGCUCAUAAUUCGACAACUGUUGUGGUGGUGGGACUAUUGGUCAGCUUUCUCACAGGGCCCUGGAAGGAGAAACAGUUGAACCCAGGCACGAUUUACCCUGUACUGGGCAAUUUGCUUUUCUUUCUGCCCGAACGCUACAAAGAAAAACUCUGCUGCGUUACACCAUUGGGAUACAAGCCUAAAGGGCAACAGCCUUACCAGAUGGCACAGAAAGAGAAGAAUGGUGUUGCCUGCACUAAUGAUGAAGACAAGCUCAGGGACGAGGAGGCCGAACAGGGCACCGCCCAGCCUACCUGCAACAUUGUCCAUACGGUGCAGGAAACAGCCUUGUAAAAGGUCCCUCACUACAUCACGUCAAAGUACUGAAGGGCCACUUCAGUCUCAUAUAAGCCCUGGUGGCCAGUAGUAUUAUGAUAUGCAUUGUGAUGUCAUGAAAAGGGCCCUCUGCAAUAGAGGUACGCUAUGCCCCAAACUGCCAAUGAUUUACGUUUUGGUACUUGAUGAUGUCACUGGUCCGUGUCAUUUUUUGAAAGUAGUUUACAAGCCCUAAAUUUAAUCUCACAAGUACUUAAUAAUCAAAUACUUCUCGGUCGUGAUAAGCACACGCGCACAAAUAAAAUACACACUUUGGAAGUCAAGUUUGAAAUGGGUGGUUUAUCGCAAGAUGAACCACGGUUUGCACAAUUACUCAAACUUUGACCGACGGCUGUUGUUUAAUGUUAGUGCCAGUUGCCAUGUUUGGGGUCUUUGGCUCCCAAAGAUUUUGUUUUGUCCAAAGUUCAUAACCGCUAGCCUUUCUUUCCUGUAUGCCUUUGAAAGUGCUACAGAUGUGUUAUUUCACUAAACCAAGUUCAGAGUUUACAUCAAAAGAAGAAUUGCCAAUACUUUAAAUGGAAGAGUAGUUCACUUUUAGCUUGACGUUUAUGAAGACACCAUCUACGAUGAAAAAGUGUCAUAAUUGUUCUAUAUGUCGUGAAUCGAAUGCAUGUCAAAUCUAUCUCAUGUCGCAUCUCUAAUCCCCUCAUUGAAGUUCGUGGUAAGUGCCUCCUCAUAUGAAUGUAUCACGUUCAAUAGUUUUGUGACUGUAGUUUGUCGAUUUUUUUUUAUCCUCUGAAUUCCCAUAAUGCACUGUAUUAAAAAAAAUAACUGGAUAACUGUCCCUUUAGCAUCUCAGACAGUCUUACUUGUCAAGAUCAAAUAGUAUUUUAAUUUAGUCAAGUGUAGUAAUGUUAUUAUUUAUAAUGUAGAUUGUUCUUUGGAAGUCAUACUAGCAUCUUAUAUAUGAUAUAGACCUUAGAUAUAAAGCUAAAGAUGCUUGUUAUAACACAAAGAGUAGAUUUACUGCAUAGAAUUGAGACGUAUUUAAAAACGAUUGAGCGAAAUGAUCAAUAUGAAAGAAAUGAUUAUUUUAAUUGCAUAUGAAUUGAUUCGGUUGCACUAGAUUCUUGUAAUUUUUUUUUUUUUAAUAUAAGAUAAAUUCUACAGUAUAACGAUAUUUUCUCGAUGCUUUGCCGUGUAGUCCAAAUUCAGACCUCAGUCCAUUUGUAGAUGCUAUAGACAUUUGUGGGAUGUCUUGUAUUGUGCCUGCGGUUAAUGAAAGCUUUCUCUGAUCCGUCAGGUUAACAAUAUGCCGUGUUUGCCGUUUGCUGAACUUUCACAUUUGUUUAUUGUCAGUGUUUCAUGUUUGUCUGAAAACACGUUUUGGUUAUUUGUGCAAACAGUCAUUUUCAUAAUUAAUGAUGUUCAUCAUGUGUAGAAUCAGAAGGGGUCGUUCACACGGUAGAUGCAUCCACCUGCUCUUUUUUAUGUUAAAAUUCUGACACUAUUUGCUCACCCUCGAGUUGAUACAGACCUUUAUAAAAUGUUUUGUUCUCUUGAACACAAAGUAAGCUCAAGCUAGAAACAGGAGCAUCAUUGACAUUGACUAAAGGUGAUCCUGUUGAUUACAUCUUCCAACAAAAAUUUUGAUGUUGCACUAGACAGAUUUUUUUGGUUCAAUAACAAGCUUUCUACCUUCUACUCCCUGAAUACCACCAAGUAUGUGACCUGAAAACCCAAUUUACCGUUUUAUACAUAAAUUAAUUAUAUAUAUAUAUAUAUAUAUAUAUAUAUAUAUAUAUAUAUAUAUAUAUAUAUAUAUAUAUAUAUAUAUAUAUAUAUAUAUAUAUAUAUAUAUAUAUAUAAUGUAAAGAAAAUGAAGAGUUUGGUUCCAAAAAUCGAUAAAUGGCAUUUAAAAAAAAAAUUGUUACCCCCCAAAUCAGGUCAGUAUUAAAAAGUCAACUUUUCAUUUUACGCAAAAUCCAAUAUCCGCCGUGUUAUUCUGUCAUUUUUUCUCCAUUUUUCCCCGUGACAAAAACAUCACGCUUCCUUCUCAACAGAAUAAAUAAAUAAAUCC